CCUGUACGAACUCCUGAGAACCCGCUGCAUGGCUGUUUAUCAUCCACGCCAACACAUCUCUGUGGAUGAAAGGAUGGUGGCAACCAAGGCCAGGCUGUCCAUAAAGCAGUACAUGAAGGCCAAGCCGACAAAGUGGGGUCUAAAAUUUUUUGUUCUAGCGGAUGUAAAUGGCUACACUGUUGACUUUCGGCUGUACACAGGCAAGUCUGCAUUUGCAUCUGGGAAGGGGCUGUCCUUUGAUGUUGUCACGUCCCUGGUCAACAAGGACUUCCUGGGCUCGGGCUACACAGUGUAUUGUGACAACUUUUACACAAGCCCUGAGCUCUUCAGGCACCUCAGCCAGCAGGGAUUUGGUGCAUGUGGGACCUACCGUCAGGGAAGAGUUGGUGUCCCAUCCACUCAGGAGAAUGCGGUGAAUAAAAGGUCACCCCGGGGAACAAUUAGGUGGAUCCGGGAUGGUGACCUGCUCUUCGUGAAGUGGAUGGACACGAGAGAGGUCUCCAUGUGCACCAACAUCCACCCAGUCUACACUGGUGAAACAGUGCUGCGCUGGCAAAAGACAGCUGACGGACGACGUGAAAGGGUCGCCAUCCCCAGACCAACUGCUGUGUCUGAGUACAAUAAAUACAUGGGUGGGGUGGAUACAUCUGACCAGAUGCUGGGGACUAACUCAGUUCACUGCAAGACCCGGCGGUGGACAAUGACAGUAUUCCAACACCUGGUUGAUGUUGCACUCACAAACAGUUACAUCAUCCACAAGGAGAUAUGUAACAGCCAGCAGCAGGGAUACAUGACACGCCAGACAUUCCAGGAGCAGCUGUCUGCCCAGCUCCUGGGCGUGGCACUGGACGCCAGGCCGGUGAAGACCCCCAGCCAAGGCCAUUUCCCUGUGCCUGUCUCUCCCAGCCAGGGACAAGAGAAGUCACAGAGAGCAAGCAUGGGGAGACAACGAUGCACUCUGUGUAAACGGAGCACCCCCUGGAGGUGUGCAGAGUGUGGUGUUGGCCUUUGUCUGCAGCUUGAAAGAAACUGUUUCCUCAUGUUCCACCAAAGGCAAUAAAAAACG